AACAAUUUUAAUGUUUUACAAACCUGAAAUGGAUCCAUUCCCCCUUGACCGUACCAUUUCUAUUUCUAUAACGCUCGCUGCUUAACUGCAGAUGAACGGAACGGAACGGAACAGAGCUCUGGUGAGAUAGACGCUGUCGGAAAGAGAAAGCUUAGCUCGUGCGAUUACUAAAUACAGAGCUCCCCACCGCCCUCUCGGCGCUCCUGCACCGGCAAUGGCGGAUCGGGCGGGGAAGUGCGUGAGGGAAGAACUUGUUACCUACGCUUACAUUCUCCUCUACAUCGCCCUCUCCAGCGGUCAGAUCUUCUUCAACAAGUGGGUUCUGUCAUCAAAGGAAAUAAACUUCCCUUAUCCUCUUGGAUUGACCCUCCUUCACAUGGUUUUCUCCUCUGUGUUGUGUUUUGUACUCACAAAAGCUUUUAAGAUUUUGAAGGUUGAGGAAGGGAUGACACCAGAAAUAUUUGCUUCUUCAGUCAUCCCAAUUGGUGCAAUGUUUGCCAUGACUCUUUGGCUGGGGAACACUGCCUAUCUUUAUAUAUCUGUUGCAUUUGCACAAAUGUUGAAGGCAAUUAUGCCAGUGGCUGUUUUCAUUCUUGGGGUUGCAGCUGGUCUUGAAGUAAUGAGCUGCAGGAUGCUCUUCAUAAUGUCAGUGAUAAGUUUUGGUGUUUUAGUGGCUUCUUAUGGAGAAAUCAAUAUCAGCUGGAUUGGAGUGGUUUACCAAAUGGGUGGCGUCAUUGGAGAAGCCUUACGGCUUAUAUUUAUGGAGAUUCUUGUUAAAAGGAAGGGUCUCAAACUGAACCCUAUAUCUGUCAUGUACUAUAUUAGUCCCUGCAGCGCUCUUUGUUUAUUUAUUCCAUGGAUUUUCUUAGAGAAGCCAAAGAUGGACGCCCAGGGGUCGUGGAAUUUCCCCCCUCUUGUGCUAUUACUCAACUCUCUCUGUACUUUUGCUCUCAACCUGUCAGUUUUCCUUGUAAUCUCACAUACAAGUGCAUUGACAAUUCGUGUUGCUGGAGUUGUCAAGGAUUGGGUGGUUGUCUUACUCUCUGCGCUCCUGUUUGCGGAUACAAAGUUGACAAUUAUAAACUUGUUUGGCUAUGGCAUUGCUAUUGCAGGUGUGGCAGCAUAUAAUAACCACAAGUUGAAAAAGGAAGCCACUCAAGGUAGCUCCACGGAGUCCCAAAGUAGUCAGUCUACAUCGACAGCCUCAUCAUCAACCUUUAAUGAAUAGAUAUAUCGAUAGAGUAAUCCUGCAAGUAACUGAGAUGCUCCUACAUUGGGAGAUUUUGUUUGGUGCAUCGUAUGGGAAAGACACAACCCGGAUACUGGAAAUUUUCAUCUGUAAAAUCAAGAGAGCAUAUAUUUUAUGAAUAGAAUUAUGAAUGCUUGUUUGAAGGCUUUUCAUUGUUUUUGAGGAACCUUAAUUGUAUAGGAUGAUUUGCUUGUAAAGAAACUGCUGGAAUUCAAGUCAUAGUAAUAUUUGUAUUUCUUUCAUCCCCCCUUAAGAAAAUCCUGAUUCCUGGAA